CACCUCCCUUUCUCCACCUGCCCACAGUCUGCAUAUCUCUUCUAAACCAACCCCAGAGUGAGUAUCGCCAUGGCAACCGCCAAACCGAAGGGGCAGAACUCCUUGGCCCUUCACAAAGUGAUCAUGGUGGGCAGUGGAGGUGUUGGGAAGUCUGCCCUCACCCUGCAGUUCAUGUAUGAUGAGUUUGUUGAGGACUACGAACCCACAAAAGCUGACAGCUAUAGGAAGAAGGUGGUUCUGGAUGGAGAAGAAGUCCAAAUAGACAUCCUGGACACGGCAGGACAGGAGGACUACGCAGCCAUCAGAGAUAACUACUUUCGCAGCGGAGAGGGAUUCCUGUGUGUUUUCUCCAUCACAGAGCUGGAAUCCUUUGCCGCGACGGCAGACUUUAGAGAGCAGAUCCUCCGUGUGAAAGAGGACGAGAACGUGCCCUUUCUUCUGGUAGGAAACAAAUCAGACCUGGAGGACAGGCGACAGGUGAGCGCCGACGAGGCCAAGGCUCGGGCAGAGCAGUGGGGAGUUUGCUACGUGGAGACAUCUGCCAAGACCCGCGCCAACGUGGACAAGGUUUUCUUUGACCUCAUGAGGGAAAUCCGUGCUAGAAAGGUGGAGGACAGUAAGGAGAAGAACGGGAAGAAGAAAAGGAAAAGUUUGGCAAAGAGAAUUCGAGAGAGAUGCUGCAUUUUAUAG